AAGCCGAGAAUUUCUCGGCGAGAAAGCAAAGAAACGAUUGCAUCUCCGUUUCAAUUUUAGCAAAUUAAGUGGUAAAUAAUUUAGAAAAAUGGAUAUUGAUAUACCUAACACGUACGGGGAAUGUCGGUGUUGCUUGUCCAAAGGCCACCAUAAGGACAUCAUGACGGAAUAUUAUAACAAUGGUGUUAGAGAAAUUUAUUACAACAUGUUCAUGGAAUGCUUUAAUUUAUACAUGUCAACCACAAGGUCCAUCAGCUCACUAAUAUGCUCGUCGUGUGUGCACCGUCUCCGAGACGCCAGCACCUUCCGAGCCAUGGUCGUCAACACAGAGAAGCAGUUGCUGCUCGCUGCCAGCAAGGAGACUGUCUUUGUUAAUGUGGGUGAGCACACAGUAACAGAAGUGGAAAUAAAGGUGGAGAGACAGACACAGAUCAAGGAAGAGGCCAGCGACCACGACAGGGACUACGAUUCUGAUGUGCCGCUUAUUAACCAUUCGCAAAAUCAUUCUGAGACGCCUGACCUAGCGGUGGACGAAGCCAAGUUGAUCGCCCGGUUCCCCCGCGGCACACUGCGACAUUUACCCACCAGGGAUUCUCUCUACUCAUCACUCAAUGCCUAUGUGCGCCAACUGGAUCAGCUGAAGGGUAAACUGAUACUCCCAAGAAUGCUAACGAAACUUCUCGAACAACCAGAAUUCAGGAAGACGAAAAUCCGAAAAAGCUAUAUCACCGAGAAACAUGCUCAUAUCUUCAACGCUUCCACUAUUCUAGAGUGUUCCAAUGUAACCCCUUUUAAAAGCAAGAGCCGCUCUGGAUUCCCUUGCUUUUACUGUAGAAGCAUUUUCGAUAACUUAAACCAGUUAAAAAUACAUCAAAAUACUGAACAUCUGAAGAGCGAAGCUAGAAAAAUAUUACGCACAUAUGGUGCUGAAAGUUUAGUAGUUUACGUCGAUGUGACAGAUCUAAAAUGCUCAAUCUGUCAAGCGAGCAUGCCCAAUUUGAACGAGCUAAAAUCUCACAUAACUAAAACACACGGAAAGAAGUUGCACUUAGAGUUUACAGAUAGAAUUAUACCUUUUAAAUUGUCUGAAGAUAAUGUCUAUGAAUGUCAACUUUGCGGAUUCAAUUUUGAGACUUUUGGCUCGAUAGAAAGACAUAUGAACACGCAUUUUAGAAACUAUGUUUGUAAAGACUGCGGAACCGGAUUCGUAACGAAAUAUAGAUUGAAGGUUCAUAUAAAAAGCAUGCAUGUCGGUGGUAGUUUCCCUUGUGAGAUUUGCAAGAAGGUUUACACGACGCAGCAGAAGUAUAAGAACCAUGUUGAUACUGUUCAUAAGCUAGUUAAACGAUUUAAGUGUCCAAAGUGUCCUGAGAGGUUUUCAGAAUAUUUCCGUCGUCAAAAACAUUUAGUUCAAGCACACAAUGUCGCCCCAUUACAAUAUAAAUGUAAUGUGUGCGAUAAAAGUUUUGACAGACGUUACACAUUAUCAAGACACAUGAAAAGAGACCAUUUGGAAGAGAGAGAUUAUGAAUGUCAAGUUUGUUCUUAUAAAUGCUUCACAAAUAACGAAUUGACAGUCCAUAUGAUUAAACACACAGGGGAAAGAAUCUUCGAGUGUGCUGUUUGUAAGAAAUCUUACGCUAGGAAGAAAACCCUUAAAGAACAUAUGCGUAUACAUAAUAAUGACCGGAGGUUCGCUUGUGCCGUGUGUGGACAGGCCUUUGUGCAGAAGUGUAGUCUGAAAGGCCAUAUAAAGACACAUCACGUGGAAUAUACUUUGCAAUCUUUAGAGUAAUCUUUGUAUGGUUGGUUUGACACUAUCAAGAACGAUUUAAUACUGGACUGACUAUUGUCCCGGAUUUGUAAGUUCACAUUUUUGACACAUUUGUUUUGAAGUAUGUUGCGAUGUGGCUAAGACGCAUCGUUUGCCAAAUCUAACGA